AAACAACUAGUCCUCUUGAACACAAUCAUGGCGGCUGCUACGGCUGAAGAUGCGCUGCGAGAAGUUUCCAAAGAACUUAAACAGUAUACCUUCACACCAGAGCCCAUUCCGAGGCUUAGUUGUACAGAUCCAAAGGCUGAGAAGUUAAUUGCUAAUGAACAACCUGUCAUCUUAACUGACACAGACCUUGUGAAGUCCGCACACCACUGGAACCUGGAUUACUUGGGGUCGAACAUUGGCGAGGGUACAUACACUGUAUACUCCUCAAGUAACCACAAGUUCCUCUACUUCGAUGAAAAGAAAAUCAGUUAUGUGCCUGGUUUUGUCCCACCCACAAAGCACAUGGAUCUGACCUUUGAUGAGUUUGUGGGCAAAGUGAAGAAGAGCAGCUCAAGUUCUGAAAGGUACUACCUCCAGCAGGCUUUGAAUGACUCCGUGGACCAGCAGAUCGUGAUGGACUUCAUGGGCUUCAACUGGAACUGGAUCACGGAGCAGCAGAGGAAGUACAAGUGGGGGCAGCUCACCUCCAACCUGCUGCUCAUAGGCAUGGAUGGUGUCAUCACGCCAGCUCAUUACGAUGAACAACAGAACUUCUUCGCUCAGAUCCAGGGCUACAAACGUUUCCUGUUGUUUGAACCGUCCCAGUUUGAAUGUCUCUACCCGUACCCUAUAUACCACCCUCAUGACCGACAGAGUCAAGUUGAUUUUGACAACCCUGACUUCAAGAGAUUCCCCAAGUUUAAAGAUGUGAAGGGACACGAGGCAGUUGUUGGACCCGGGGAUGUUCUGUACUUGCCUGUGUAUUGGUGGCACCAAGUGGAGUCUGUGCCUAAUAGAGGUGUUACUGUGUCUGUCAACUUCUGGUACAAGUCUGGUCCGACGGAGAAGGUAGUGUACCCACUGAAGCCCCAGCAGAAGGUCGCCAUGAUGAGGAACAUCGAGAAGAUGAUCACAGAUGCCCUCAAUGAUGCCAACGAGGUUCCACCGUUUUUAAGAACAAUGGUGCAGGGAAGAUACACAUGAGAUAUCCGAACCACCAACCAUAUAUCAGCUCUAUUUAUCACCAUCAUCAUAAUCACCUUCAUGAAGCUGUCAUUUCAUCACCUGUUUGUUGAUCACCUGUUGACAUGUUGAAACUAUCUGGUACUGACCAACACUGGGCUAUAUUCAGUUUUUUAGUUUCGGUUUCGGAAGAGGAGCCAAAGGGACAAUCAUAAGAAAAACAUUCAAAUUAAUUUUUUUAUAUAUGCCAAGCUGCUCCAUAUUAGAAACAUAUAAAGAAAACAAAACUGAAGUAUUUGUUGAUGUUUACUUCAUGAAUAAUAAUUGGUCAAAUGUUAUGUGUGGAGUCUGGUCAGUGGAAAUGUGUUUUGGAGAGAACAAAACUUAUAUAUAUUACAAAACAUGCUGUAAUUUUAUUGAAUUAGCUUAUAUUUUCCCCUU